AUGGAUCUUAUAAAAGACAUCAAGCCAGUUAGUCUUAAGAAUUUUGUUCGCCCCAUUCAACAUGAGAUCCAAUGUCCAUUUACCAAUACAAGAGAAUGUACAAUCAUACAUAUGAUAGACCAACCACAGCCUAUACGGCAUAAAUACAUCACAGAGGUUAUCUUAAAUUACAUCAAGACCUGUAUGGAGGGUGCAAUUGGACGAAUAAUUAUUUUUGAUACGUACUAUGUUUGGAAUACAAAGAACAAAUACUUUAACAAGUUGACCUCGUCCUUAUCACCUGAGCAAGCUGAUAGAAUCAGAAUCGUGAACACACGAAAUUCAACAGCAGCUAUUAUAAAGUCUAUGGUUUCAUUAAAGGAUCCUGAUUCACCGUUACUUGAAAAAUCAGAUGCUGAAGUACCCAUUGGUUUAGUGAUUAUCGAUAACAUAUCCACAUUUUAUUGGGGAACAAAACAACAAGGAACCCUUGUGCAAGAGUAUAAAGCUCUAGGCUCUGUUUUAAAGAAAACACAAUCCACUCUGGGCUGCUCAAUAAUAAGUACAAGUUGGGAUAAAAAGUUUAAUAUUUUGCAAGAUACAAACUCUGAAAAUGAGCUCGAACUUAAGUACACUGCAAUACCCAAAGAGUUCUUCCAAUUCACAGACCAAAUAUAUUCAUUUUCUUGCAAUAUGAAAACAAAACAGGUAUUUUGUAAAUUUGUGGAUUGCUUAGAAGGAGGAAAAGAGAUCGAGUUCACUGAUAGUAUAUGACCAUAUGGCUGACUUGUUGGAACCAAAAAUGAAA